AUGGAGGUCACCUCGCCCGCCGUGCUGAGCCCAGGAGCUUCCGCUAACGGCGUUACGUCUCCCCCAACCUUUCCCACCGUCGAGCCGGAGCGUGUUGUCGAGCAUCUGGCUUCCGUCUGCGAGGUCGCGCUUGGUGCUACGCGGGAUGAACUCGAACAGGUUGGAAGCUUGCUUCACAAAGCCCGUUAUAGCGAGACUGUUUCUCGCUGCACACGCUUUGCGAACGAUACCCAGAAUGUGCUCUAUAUCCAGAAGGAUUUCGCAAGCUCAUCUGCGGUAGAGCCCGGUGCUGACCCUUCCGCGCCGGCGGCUUAUAAUUAUACGCUGUCUACCGAGAUUUCUUCGUCGCCAACGACCGUUGCCUCUCUUGUUCUUAUCAAAUCGCCUCAGCCCAUAGACCCGAUCCGACCUCUUACAUCUCAAAUAUUCAUUACUAAUCUGCCUGGUCCUGCAUCUCUCAACGCUGGAGUUGGAGAGCAGGGCUCGGUACUCUCCCCAUGGGAGGUUCUCCAUUCUCAGGUUCACCACGCCUUGGUACCGUACUUUGAUGCCAACACCAAGAGUCAGCAGCUGGCCAAUGGGUCGCGAGGAAGAGCCGACGUGGAUGCUAAAACGGGAAUUCCUGUGACAAAGAAACGACUCAACGACCUGGAAUUAAGCUUGUUGCACCUCCAGCAGAAUGUCGAUAUUCCCGAGAUCUCCCUUACGUUCCAUUCGAUUGUCCAAACCGUCCUCGAUGACGCCGAAGCCAACAACAACCGACCCAACAUCGAUGGGAUCCCUCAGAAUCUUCUUCAAGACAGUACUUUCCUCAACCGAUUGCAAGCCAAUGUCAACACUUGGAUCAAGUCGAUUCAGGGAAUCACCAAGUUGACCAAAGACCCUUCCUCGAAUGCGAACCAGGAGUUUAGUACUGCAAGCCAGGAAGUCAAUUUUUGGUUGUCCAUGGAGUCAGCUCUAGAAGGAAUCGAAGGUCAGCUCCGUAGUGAAGGAGUUCUCCUGACGCUGGAAAUUCUUAAGCAUGCCAAGCGUUUCCAGGCCACCGUGAGUUUCACGGCCGACACAGGUCUGAAGGAGGCUAUGGAUAAGGUGCAGAAGUACAACCAGCUCAUGCGAGAUUUCCCCCUUGAUGAGUUACUGUCUGCUACUUCACUGUCCAAGGUUGAGGAGGCCAUCCAGCAAAUCUUUGGGCACCUGAACAAGAAGCUCAGGAUUUGUCCCUACCCUAUUCGAAGGGCUCUUCCCCUCGUUGAAGCCAUCUCCGCCGAUCUUGACGAUGUGCUUCACAGGCUGUUGUCAGGUACCGAAUUGGUAAACCUUGAUUACCAGCAAUUCAAGAACAUCAUGCAGACCUGCGACCAUAUUUUCCAGACCUGGGAGGAGCAUAUCAAGGAAUUUACUAAUGUAGCUCGUGAAGUGACCCGCCGCCGAAACGAGAAAUUCAUCCCCAUCAAGAUCGUCAAGAAGCACUCUGAACUUGAGGCAAGAAUCAAGUAUGUCAGCACUUUCCGUGACAACCAUGAGCAGCUCCAACGCACUAUCGUCACCGUUCUCGGCCCGCAGGCCACCAUCCCAGGUGUGGCCGAGACCACUGGAUCUGAUGGUAUUAUCGUCGAGGAGAUGGGCGAUGUUGACGCUGUCGAGGAAGUCAAGCAGGCUUGGGAGGCUCUUCAAAAUGUCGACAUGCUGGAUGUCACAGACCAAGGUAAAGAGCGAUGGGUACGAGCCGAGAACCUUUACAACGAACGUACAACUCGAGUAGAGAACUCCAUCAUUUCCAGACUUCGCGAUCGACUCGCUACUGCCAAGACUGCAAACGAAAUGUUUCGAGUUUUCUCCAAGUUCAACGCACUUUUCGUGCGCCCCAAGAUUCGUGGCGCUAUCCAAGAGUACCAGAACCAGCUGAUGGACCACGUCAAGCAGGCCAUCAAUGGUCUGCACGAGCGUUUUAAGCAGCAGUAUGGCCACUCAGAAACCCACGCCAUGGCCCAGCUUCGUGAUCUUCCCCCUGUAUCUGGUGCCAUCAUCUGGGCGCGCCAGAUCGAGUUCCAGCUGGAUGGGUACAUGCGCAAGGUAGAGGCUGUUCUCGGCCCUGACUGGACUCUGCAUGCCGAAGGCCAUAAGCUGCAAGAGGAGAGCGAGCUAUUCAAGCAGAAGCUCGAUACUAGCCGAAUCUAUGAUGCCUGGCUCAACGACGUCGGACGACGCAAGAUUUCUAUCUCUGGGCAGCUUUUUGAGAUCGCUCGUGUGAGAUCUGCUGGUGGCAUUCUCGAACUCAACGUCAACUUCGACCCGCAAGUUAUUACUUUGUUCAAGGAAACCCGCAACCUGACUUGGCAAUCAUACUCAGUGCCACAUGCUGUCACAACUGUGUCGAAAGAUGCGAAGCGUGUUUACCCCUAUGCUGUCAGCUUGAUGGAGAGUGUGAGAACUCUCUCUCAAACUCUUCGUCAAAUUGCGGUCAUGGGAGAGGAGUCUGUCCUCCUGAACGGAUAUCGAAAUGAAGUCUAUAGACUGGUUGGUGAAGGUGUACCGCUUCGAUGGGAGUCCUUCAUCAACUCACACGAGUUGUUUUACUCCGAGAACAGACAAACCCGCCCAUUGUUGCCUACUGGAACCGACUUCGGCCUGGCCAAGAACACCGAGAGCAAGCAUGGCAUGUUCAUCCGCGGUUUUGCAGCGGCUGUCUCCGUACUUCAGCAGAAAGCAGUCUCUUUGAACUUCAUUCAUGCCACCGUUGAACAAGCCCUGAAGGAACUUAGCACAUGCCCUUACGAGGAAGCGGCAUUUCAUAGCCGACUGGAUACGAUUCAAUCGGCUGUUGAUCAGUUGAACCUUGAACAAUAUGUAAACCUAGACUUCUGGAGUGCAGUUCAUUCGUGGAUUACUGCAUUUGAGGAUGAGACAACCGAGGAGGAGUCGCGCAGGAGGACCAACAACGAUGAGAGCAAGCCAGAAAGCCCGACCAUGAAGCGCCUUGUGCUUGAAGUUGUCAUGCGCAACCAAGUCAUUUAUCUUGACCCCCCUCUGGAAUUCGCGCGUGCCAGCUGGUUCCUCCAUCUACACGAGUGGCUUGGAAUUGUUUGCAAUCUUCGCAAAAUCAAGGCCUCCCGUUAUCAAAUGACUCUUACCACUAUUGCCAACGAUGAGCUCCGCUUUACUGACUUGCCUACCGAGUGCGCAGGACUGUUGCAGCGUGUCUAUGUAUCUAUGGAAAAGAAGCUCCAGGAGAUCAGCGCGUAUGUCGACAAGUGGCUGCAGUUCCAGUCCCUUUGGGAUCUCCAGUCUGAGCAAGUUUACGACGCUCUUGGUGAGCCACUCCCACGGUGGUUGCAGCUUCUUCAAGAUCUCCGCAAGAACCGAUCCACAUUCGACACACAGGAGGUCAGCCGCGAAUUUGGACAUCUUACAAUUGAUUAUGACCAAGUCCAGACCAAGGUCAACGCAAAGUAUGACCAGUGGCAACAUGAGAUUUUGAUGAAGUUUGCUAGUCGUCUCGGUAACCGCAUGCGCGACAUCAACGCAGAGAUUGAGAAGGCGCGCAAACAUCUCGAGAACCAAAGUUCUGACGCGUCAUCAACCGCCCAGGCUGUGCAAUUCAUUACUGUUGUGCAGAGCUGCAAGCGCAAUGUCAAGACAUGGGCACCUGAAAUCGAUAUGUUUCGACAGGGCCAGUCCAUGCUCGUAAGGCAACGAUACCAGUUCCCCAAUGACUGGCUGCACAUUGAGCAGAUUGACAGUCAGUGGGAGGCCUUGAAGGAAAUUCUAGACAAGAAAUCGAGGAUCGUCCAAGAACAAAGUGAUGCACUACGGGCAAAGAUUACUGCAGAGGAUAAGCUGGUCAACGAUCGAAUCGCAGAAAUUGCAGCACAGUGGAAUGAGGAGAAGCCAGUGUCUGGAACCAUCCAACCUGAUGUUGCUUCUGCUACAUUGUCUUCUUUUGAAGCUCGCAUUUCGAAGCUGCAGGACGAUGCGCAAAUGGUGGUCAAGGCUAAGGAGGCGUUGGAUAUCCCCGCCAGUCUUGACACAUCCCUUGAGUCGACACUUGAAGAAGUUCGGGAUUUCCAGUCUGUUUGGUCAAACCUCUCAACUAUCUGGGCAAGCCUUAACGAGACGCGUGAUAUUCUCUGGACUGCUGUUCAGCCACGAAAGAUCCGUUCCAAGGUCGACGACCUCAUCAAGAGCACCAAGGAUAUGCCCAGCAGAAUGCGACAGUACGCUGCUUUCGAGCACGUCCAGGGCAUCCUGCGCGGUUUCCUCAAGGUUAACUCUAUUCUUUCUGACCUCAAGUCUGAUGCGAUCCGUGAGCGCCACUGGGUCAAGAUUUACAAACAGAUCAAGCCUCAAAAACGAUUUUCGCCUAGCUCUAUGACUCUCGGUGAUGUCUGGGACCUCAACCUUGUUGCUACUGAAAUCAUCGUGAAGGACAUUAUCGCCCAGGCGCAGGGCGAGAUGGCUUUGGAGGAGUUCUUGAAACAGGUUCGUGAGACUUGGCAGAACUACGCUCUUGAGAUGGUCGGCUAUCAAAACAAGAUCCGCCUCAUUCGCGGCUGGGACGACCUCUUUGCGAAAUGCAGUGAGAAUCUGAACUCACUCCAGGCUAUGAAGCAUUCCCCCUAUUACAAGGAGUUUGAGGAAGAAGCCGUGUCUUGGGAAGACAAGCUCAACCGUGUCCAUGUACUCUUUGAUGUCUGGAUUGAUGUUCAGCGCCAAUGGGUCUACCUUGAGGGCGUCUUCACUGGUAACGCUGAUAUCAAGCAUCUCUUGCCUAUUGAGUCAGGACGUUUCCAGAACAUCAACAGCGAAUUCUUGGCUGUCAUGAAGAAGGCCAAUAAAACUCCAUACGUGCUGGAAGUCCUCAAUAUUCCUAAUGUACAAAAGUCGCUCGAGCGACUCGCCGAAAUGCUUAACAAGAUCCAGAAGGCUUUAGGUGAAUACCUGGAGAAGGAGCGUGUUUCAUUCCCUCGAUUCUACUUCGUUGGUGACGAGGAUCUGCUAGAGAUGAUUGGUAACAGCAACGACACGCUGCGCAUUGCCAAGCAUUUCAAGAAGAUGUUUGCGGGUCUCUCAGGUCUCAUUAUGGAUGAUGAGACUGUCAUCUCUGGCUUCACUUCCAAAGAGGGCGAAGCCGUUCGUCUGAAGAAGGAAAUUUCUCUGGCAAAAACCCCCAAGAUCAACGACUGGCUGGCUCUUCUGGAGGGUGGCAUGAAGUCAACGCUUGCCGAGCUCCUUGCCGAGGCCGUUGACCAGUAUACUCCCAUUUUUGAAUCCGAGACCAUUGAUCGCGACGCUUUGAAUGCGUUCAUGGAUGCGUACCCCAGUCAGAUUGUUGUUCUUGCUACCCAAGCUGCCUGGACCACAGCCGUCAACCGAUCUCUAACUGAUGGCGGCAGCACACUGAAGCUUUUGUUCGAGCGUGAGGUGGAGGUCCUUCGAGUACUUGCCGACACAGUUCUUGGAGAACUGGAAGUCAUUCUGAGGAAAAAAUGCGAACAGCUCAUUACUGAGUGUGUUCAUCAGAGGGACACUAUCGAGAAGCUCAUCAAUGCCAACGCCAAUUCUACAGGCCACUACCUGUGGCAGCUGCAGAUGAGAUACAUCUACAAUCCGGAGGGCGAAUUCUUGGAUCGACUUUACAUCAAGAUGGCCAAUGCCAAACUCAACUACGGUUUCGAAUACCUGGGAGUUCCUGAGCGCCUUGUCCGCACACCUCUUACUGAUCGAUGUUUCCUCACUCUCACUCAAGCUCUGUGCCAACGUCUUGGUGGUUCACCGUACGGACCCGCCGGUACAGGUAAAACAGAGUCAGUCAAGGCUCUGGGUGUCCAACUCGGUAGAUUCACCCUUGUGUUCUGUUGUGACGAUACUUUUGAUUUCCAGGCCAUGGGUCGUAUUUUCCUUGGUAUUUGCCAGGUCGGUGCUUGGGGCUGUUUCGACGAGUUUAACCGUCUGGAGGAGCGAAUUCUGUCCGCUGUAUCUCAGCAGAUUCAAAACAUUCAGCUGGGUCUCAAACAAGGUGCUGAAGACGACCAGUCACAGAUCGAGUUGGUUGGCCGCCAGCUUCAUGUUAACGAAAACACUGGUAUCUUCAUCACCAUGAACCCUGGUUAUGCUGGCCGUUCCAAUUUGCCCGACAACUUGAAGAAGCUCUUCCGCAGUGUAGCAAUGUCUAAACCUGAUAAGGAGCUUAUCGCCGAGGUCAUGCUUUACUCCCAAGGCUUUAACCAAGCCAAGCAAUUGUCUAAGCACACUGUGCCCUUCUUCGACCAGUGUUCUGGAAGGCUGUCUAAACAAGCUCAUUAUGAUUUUGGUCUGCGUGCUCUCAAGAGUGUCCUGGUCAGCUCUGGUGGCUUGAAACGUGCUCGUCUAGGCGAUGGAACUCUUGGUGCUGAAGAGGUUGUUGAACCUGAAAUCAUCGUGCAAAGCAUCCGGGAAACGAUUGCGCCUAAACUUAUCAAGUCCGAUGUCGACAUCAUGAUGACCAUUGAAACCGACUGCUUCCCUGGCGUGCAAUACGUCCCUGCCAACCUUGUAGCACUGGAAGACGCUAUCCGAACCCUUGCUGCCGAACGUCACCUUGUGGUCAACGAACUUUGGAUGACUAAGGUCCUCCAACUGUAUCAGAUUCAGAAAAUCCACCAUGGUGUUAUGAUGGUUGGUAACUCUGGUUCUGGUAAAUCCGCGGCCUGGAGACUUUUGCUUGAUGCGCUUCAGAAGGUUGAAGGAGUUGAGGGCGUUUCGCAUGUGAUCGACUCAAAGGUCAUGUCAAAGGAGGCUUUGUACGGAAACCUUGACUCAACUACCCGUGAAUGGACAGAUGGUUUGUUCACUAGCAUUCUACGAAAGAUCGUCGACAACCUCCGUGGUGAGGACUCUAAACGACAUUGGAUCGUCUUCGAUGGUGACGUGGACCCUGAAUGGGUUGAAAACUUGAACAGUGUACUUGAUGACAACAAGCUGCUCACGCUUCCCAAUGGUGAGCGUCUCAACCUUCCCUCCAACGUUCGAAUCAUGUUCGAAGUCGAGACCCUGAAGUAUGCAACUUUGGCUACUGUCAGUCGUUGUGGUAUGGUUUGGUUCAGUGAGGAUACCGUAUCGCCCAACAUGCUGGUCGAAAACUAUCUGUCCACACUCAGCAGCGUUCCCUUCGAGGAUCUGGAUGAAGACAACGUUACUACCGCACAGAACCCUGCCAAGACUUUGGCCGUGCAAGGCGAGUUUGCGGCACUGCUUCGUAUCUAUCUGUUUGAAGAAGAUUUUAUCUUGCGGGCUCUCAAGCAAGCUGAGGCCUACAACCAUAUCAUGGAGUUUACUGUCGCCCGAGUCCUUACAACUCUCUUCUCACUGCUAAACAAAGCAGUCCGGGAUGCCAUUGAUUAUAACGUGCAGCAUUCCGACUUUCCCUUGGAGUCUGAACAGAUCGAGUCCUUCAUUUCGAAGAAGCUCCUGCUUGCGCUCGUCUGGGCACUCACUGGUGACUGCCCUCUCAACGACCGGAAAGCAUUUGGUGACGAGCUUUGUGGUUUGGCCAAUUUCGGCUCCCCUCCUAUUGACGGCACUAGCUCGCUCAUCGACUUUGAUGUGACCCUACCCAAGUGUGAAUGGGCUCCAUGGCAGAACCAGGUGCCUGCAGUUGAAGUCAACACACACUCCGUCACUCAGACCGAUGUUGUCAUUCCUACUCUGGACACCGUCCGUCACGAAGAUGUUCUUUACUCAUGGCUCGCGGAGCAUAAGCCUCUGCUACUCUGUGGUCCUCCUGGUUCAGGUAAAACAAUGACCCUGUUCAGUGCACUUCGCAAGCUGCCAAACAUGGAGGUUGUUGGUCUGAAUUUCUCGAGCGCAACAACUCCCGAUCUUCUUAUCAAGACAUUUGAGCAGUACUGUGAGUACAAGAAAACGUUGAAUGGCGUCAUGCUCUCCCCGACACAAAUUGGCAGGUGGCUUGUCGUUUUCUGUGAUGAAAUCAACUUGCCCGCGCCUGACAAGUACGGAACCCAACGCGCCAUCUCAUUCCUGCGCCAAAUGGUUGAGCACAAUGGUUUCUGGCGAACAUCUGAUAAGUCUUGGGUCACACUCGAUCGUAUUCAGUUCGUCGGUGCUUGCAAUCCUCCCACCGACGCUGGACGUACACCCAUGGGCGCUCGAUUCCUUCGACAUGCACCACUCAUCAUGGUUGACUACCCUGGUGAACUAUCUCUCAAUCAGAUUUACGGCACUUUCAACUCUGCAGUUCUCAAGAUUAUCCCAUCUCUUCGAGGAUACUCCGAAGCCCUCACCCAUGCCAUGGUUCGUUUCUAUCUCGAAUCUCAGCAGAGAUUUACGCCAAAAAUUCAACCUCACUACGUGUACAGUCCCCGUGAACUGACGCGAUGGGUUCGUGGUGUUUACGAGGCCAUUCGACCCUUGGAAAGCUUGUCUAUUGAAGGCCUCAUCAGAAUCUGGGCCCACGAAGCUCUUCGUCUAUUCCAAGAUCGAUUGGUCGCUGAGGAAGAGCGACAGUGGACUGACGAGGCUGUGCAUCGCAUCGCGCUCGAAUAUUUCCCCAACAUUGACACGGAAAAGGCCCUUGGAGGACCUAUUCUCUUCUCUAACUGGCUGUCCAAGAACUACGUCCCUGUGGACCGUGAGCAGCUGAGAGACUUUGUCAAGGCGAGACUGAAGACCUUCUGCGAGGAAGAGGUCGAUGUUCCACUGAUCCUAUUUAAUGAUGUAUUGGAGCACGUGUUGCGCAUUGAUCGUGUCUUCCGACAACCCCAAGGCCAUCUCAUCUUGAUUGGUGUCAGUGGUAGUGGCAAGACAACCUUGUCUCGCUUUGUGGCCUGGAUGAACGGUCUAAAGGUUUUCCAAAUCAAGGUCCAUGGAAAGUAUUCCGCCGAGGAUUUUGAUGACGAUCUGCGGGAUGUUCUUCGACGAUGUGGUUGCAAGGGCGAGAAAAUCUGCUUCAUCAUGGAUGAGUCAAACGUGUUGGAUUCAGGCUUCCUGGAGAGAAUGAACACCUUGCUCGCCAACGCCGAAGUUCCAGGUCUUUUCGAGGGUGAUGAAUACGCUGCCCUCAUGACCGCUUGUAAGGAAGGUGCCCAGCGACAAAACCUACACCUAGACUCCCCUGAGGAGUUGUACAAGUGGUUCACGCAGCAAAUUGUCAAGAACCUGCACGUCGUCUUCACGAUGAACCCGCCCGAGGAUGGUCUCUCUUCCAAGGCUGCCACCAGUCCUGCCCUGUUCAACCGUUGUGUUCUCAACUGGUUUGGUGACUGGUCUGAUCAAGCUCUGUUCCAAGUUGGCCAUGAGCUCACUCAUUCUAUUGAUCUGGACCGAAGCAACUUUGAGUGUCCUGAUACUGUCCCUGUGGCUUAUCGUGGUCUGCAACUACCUCCUUCUCAUCGUGAGACGGUUGUCAACUCGAUGGUGUAUAUCCACUACUCUCUUCAGAGAUACAACGAAAAGCUGUUUAAGCAGCAAGGCAAGGUUACGUUUUUGACACCUCGUCACUUCCUCGAUUUCGUCGCUCAAUAUGUCAAACUCUACAAUGAGAAGCGAGAGGAUCUUGAAGAGCAGCAACGCCAUCUCAACGUUGGUCUGGAAAAGCUUAGAGACACCGUCGACAAAGUUCGAGAUCUUCGAGUAAGCCUGGCUGAGAAAAAGAAGCAGCUGGAGCAGAAGGAUGCAGAGGCAAAUGAAAAGCUACAACGCAUGGUGGCUGAUCAACGUGAAGCGGAGCAGAGGAAGAGUACUGCACUAGAGAUUCAGGCUGCUUUGGACAAGCAGGAAAUUGAGGUUGCUUCACGAAAGAAGGUUGUGCUGGAGGACCUUGCCAAGGCAGAGCCAGCUGUCGAGGAGGCAAAGGCCAGCGUCAGCAACAUCAAGCGUCAGCACUUGACCGAAGUCAGGUCCAUGGGUAACCCACCCCAGGGUGUGAAGCUUGCCAUGGAUGCCGUGUGUACCUUGCUUGGCCAUAAAAUCAACGACUGGAAGGCUGUGCAAGGUAUUGUUCGAAAGGAUGAUUUCAUUGCUAGUAUUCUCAUGUUCGACAAUGCUAGGCAGAUGAACAAGGCCUUGAGGAACAGGAUGCGCAGCGAUUUCUUGUCCAACCCUGAAUUCACAUUUGAGAAGGUAAACCGUGCCUCCAAGGCGUGCGGACCCCUUGUCCAGUGGGUUACCGCUCAGGUCAACUACUUUGACAUUCUCGAUCGUGUUGGUCCUCUCAAGCACGAGGUCGAGCAGCUGGAGGAGCAAGCACUCCAGACAAAGGCAGAAGCUCAGGCCACUCAGGACGAGAUCGUUGGGUUGGAGUCAAGCAUCAACCAAUACAAGACUGAAUAUGCUGCACUCAUCAGUGAGACGCAAUCCAUCAAGGCAGAGAUGUCAAAGGUCCAGUUCAAGGUCGACCGCAGUGUUCGACUUCUCGACAGUUUGUCCUCAGAACGAGUUCGUUGGGAAGAGGGCAGCAAGUCUUUCGAGAUCCAGAUCAGCACUCUUGUAGGAGACGUUCUUGUCGCUGCUGCUUUCUUGGCCUACAGUGGUCUCUAUGAUCAGACCUUCCGAAAGUCGAUGAUGGAUGACUGGUUCCACCAGCUUCACCUUUCCGGUAUACAUUACAAGUCGACAAACCCAGUGACCGAAUAUCUGUCGACUGCAGAUGAACGUCUCAGCUGGCAGGAGAACACUCUUCCCGUCGAUGACCUUUGCACCGAGAACGCCAUCAUACUCAAGCGUUUCAAUCGCUAUCCCCUCAUCAUCGACCCCUCGGGACGAGUUACAGAAUUCUUGCAGAGAGAAUGCAAAGAUCGCCGUCUAACCGUGACAAGCUUCUUGGACGAUACCUUUACUAAGCAGCUCGAGAGUUCUCUCCGUUUCGGUAACCCUAUCCUGAUCCAGGAUGCUGAACACUUGGAUCCUAUCCUUAACCAUGUUCUCAACAAGGAAUACCAGAAGACUGGUGGUCGUGUCCUUAUUCAACUUGGCAAGCAGGAGAUUGAUUUCUCGCCGGCCUUCAAGAUUUAUCUGUCAACUCGCGACCCUUCUGCCACCUUCGCCCCCGAUAUUUGCAGUCGAACCACAUUCGUCAACUUCACUGUCACUCAGAGCAGUCUCCAAACACAAUCUCUCAAUGAUGUCCUCAAGUCCGAGCGCCCUGACGUUGACGAACGACGCUCAAACCUCAUCAAACUGCAGGGAGAGUUCAAGGUCCAUCUGCGACAACUGGAGAAACGAUUACUCCAGGCCCUGAACGAGUCUCGUGGUAACAUUCUUGAUGAUGACAACGUUAUCGAGACACUCGAAACUCUCAAGACAGAGGCUGCUGAGAUCUCUGGCAAGAUGAGCAACACUGAAGGCGUCAUGGCCGAGGUUGAGGAGAUUACGCAACAGUACAGCAUUAUCGCCAGAUCCUGCAGUGCUGUCUUUGCCGUCUUGGAGCAAUUGCACUACCUCAACCACUUCUAUCAAUUUUCACUCCAGUACUUCCUUGAUAUCUUCCACUCAGUCCUACAUGGCAACAAGAACCUGGCCGGUCAAACUGACCAUAACAUCCGACGUGACGUAAUCGUCAAGGAUCUCUUUGUCAACACAUUCAAGCGGACAGCUCUCGGUUUGCUCCAAAGAGACCGAGUUACUCUCGGAAUGUUACUCGCGCAGGCUUCGCCAUACAAGAUGGACAAGUCUUUGAUCGACGUUGUCCUCGACAACCGUAUUGAAGGCAAGGAUCUUUCUUCCAAUCCCGAUGAAAGAGACGAUGCUUUCGCUCAAGCCAAGAAGAUUGCUGUUAUCAAGGAAAAGGUUGAUUCUAUCUCUACUGAGGACUGGGAUAAGUUCUUUGCGGAAGAACUUGCUGAGAACUUCGUACCUCUGGUUUGGGAUGACAACACCGAUGCUAAUGAUCAAGCUCUAUUGUCUCUCCUGCUCGUCAAACUUUUCAGGAUGGACCGGUUUGUUCCUGUCGCAGAGCGUUUCGUCAACCAAGUCUUUGGUUCAGGCAUCUUCGACAUUGUUGAGGACCUGAAGGAGACAGUUACUCAAGUGUCUGCCACCCUGCCGAUCUCCUUGGUAUCAAGCCCUGGCUUCGAUGCCAGUUACAAGGUCGACAAUUUGGUUGAGAGAAUGCGCGUCAAGUGUACCAACAUUGCCAUGGGUUCCAACGAAGGUCUUGCAAGUGCCGACAAGGCAAUCAGCCACGCCGCGCAAACAGGCUCAUGGGUUUUGGUCAAGAACGUCCACCUAGCUCCCACUUGGUUGCAGAGCUUGGAGAAGCGUAUGGAAUCACUCAAUCCUCACUCAGACUUCCGACUUUUCUUGUCUAUGGAGUCGAGUCUCAAGAUUCCAGUCAAUUUACUCCGAGCAUCUCGUGUACUGAUGUACGAGCAACCUGCCGGUGUGAAGGCCAACAUGAAGGAUUCGAUGUCUUCAUUGUCUACGCGGGCGACCAAGAGUCCUGUGGAAAGGGCACGACUGUACUUGCUCUUAUCCUUCUUGCACGCUGUCGUGCAGGAGAGAUUGCGAUAUGCGCCUAACCUGGGCUGGAAGGGAUUUUGGGAGUUCAACGACAGUGACUACGAAUGCUCUGCCUUCAUUGUCGAUACUUGGGUCGAUAGCGCGGCUGGCAACAGAACCAACAUUGCUCCUCAAAACAUUCCUUGGGAGAUGUUGCGCUACAUGGUGACCGAAACGUACGGUGGUAAGAUUGACGACGAAGGAGACUUCAAACUUCUCUCUCAGCUCGUCACGUCUUUCUUGACUCCUUCUGCCUACGAAGUUGACCACAAGCUCGUUGACGGACCUGACGGUGGUCUUUCCGUCCCGUCUGGCACCAGCUUCCAGGAUUUCAACGCCUGGAUUCAUCGCUUGCCCGAGCGUGAGCCACCCACGUAUCUCGGCCUCCCCGCAAAUGCCGAGAAACUCCUCCUCAGUGGUCUUGGACGAAGCCUUAUUGGCAACCUCCGUAAGGUCACGGAGUUGCUUGACGAAGGCGAGCAGUUGGUAACGGAAGUGUAA